AUGACUUCCAUCGUCCUGCCGAACAUGCCGAACACCUCUCUGACGCCAGAAGCCUACACGGCAGCGGCAACACGCGGCCCGCGAAGACCAGUAUUGGCGUCGUAUGAAGCAUUCUAUCGACUCGCCGAAUCCCGAACAACAACAAAGGUCGUGGCCGGGACACUAGCGAAGAUGACUUUUGAGUCUAGCGGUGUCUGGUGUUCUGGCGCGUCUGUCGUUCUGGCGCGGUUCCCUGAAUCCCUUGAACUUAACGCGAUCGAAGAUCAAGCGGCGAGAAGGACCUGUCACCAAGUCGCCUUCUGGAUGAUGACUGACUAG